AUGACCGAUGUGGAUAACGAUCUCGACGCUGAUUUGUUGGGUCUCGUAGGGGAUGACGAUGGCGCUGAUGAGCAGCUAUCGAAGCAGGAGGAGGAAGGGCUCAGCGAUAGCGGCGAAGAGGACAACGCCGGCAAGGAUACGCUCAUGGAAGUCGAUCAACCCGCAGACAGCGAGAAUCCAUAUCCUCUAGAAGGCAAGUAUAAGAACUCAGCGGAUAGAGCAAAGCUUCUCGAUCUCGAUGAACUCGAGCGUGAGGAUAUCCUCGCUUCUCGACAGGAGGAGAUGCAAAAGUACAAGGAUUCGCUGAAUAUCAACAGACUCUUUUCUGCUGCCCAGGCGGGUGGUGAAGAUAACGUGGCUUCAGCUGCGAAGCGUAGCCACACCCAGACAGGCGCUACAACCGAGAAAAAGAGCAAGCUUGAGGAGCUCAAGAGUAAGCGUGAAGCAAAGACCAAGAAGAGAUCGAGGAAUGAGGAUGACGACGAUGAGGAUUACGGCGGUCGCGCGCGCUCAGUACACUCUUCCGACGAUUCGGAAGAAGGUGAGGUUAGCAAGCACGAUAUGGAAGACGACAAACCACUCGAGAAAGCUGAUGUGCUUAGGGUGAUGAUCAAUCGUACUAACCUCGUCGAAUUCUGCUAUGCGCCAUUCUUCGAAGACUUUAUCAAAGGCACUUUCGUUAGAUAUCUGCUCGGAGAAUCCGAUGGAAAGCCAGACUAUCGACUUUGUGAGGUUAUUGGCCUUGGUGACAGCCUCGUCAAACCCUACGCAAUUGAAGGAAAUACGAUGACAAAUCAGCAACUUGUCCUCAGGCAGGGCAAAACAAGCAAGAUAUGCCCUAUGUCUAAAGUAUCUAACUCGCGGUGUACAGAUAGGGAAUUUGAUAGAUUCAUUGCACACGCCAAAGACGAGAGGGCGAAAUUACCAACACGGAAAUCACUCGAUAAGGUUAGAAGGCAGAUUGAAGAUACUAGGAAGCGAUUUUGGACAGAUGAUGACAUCAAUUUCAAGCUCCAGAAGAAAUCUGAUGUUAUGGGCGGUACUACGAAGAAGAGCGCAGUACUUGAGAAAGCAGAACUGGAGCAACGGCUGCGACUGGCCAAGGCGAGAAGAGAUGAGCAGGAGGCAGACCAACUAUUGCAACGGUUGGCGUCCAUCGAUGAGGUGAGCUACAAGGUAGCAGCACCGACAGAAAGAAUGAAACAAAGUGCACCAAACACGCCCAAGCCAGUACCACAGACAGCGAGAAGGCCGAUCAAGACAAAGGUACUGGUGGACGAUGAGAUAGAUAAGCAAUUCGAUUUAAACGUAGUGAUUAAGGGAAAGAAGAGCUCAAAAUUGGAGAGUAUCAUUCAAGAUUACUGUACCUAUCAAAUUGAAGAGUAA